UCGUUUUUUUUUUGGUCGGCGGCGAGUUAGUUUAUAAUAAAUCGGACUAUAUAUACUCUUAAUAAAUAUAAUAGUAUAUACGAGUAUUAUAAAAUGGAUUUCGAUGCGUUGUUGGAGAAAUGUGGCAACUAUGGCCGUUAUCAAUUCGUGCUGUUGCUCAUCUACGGCUAUACGAAUAUUAUGUCCUCGAUGCAUUAUUUCGCACAAACGAUUAUUAGCUUUACACCGGAGCAUUGGUGCAAUCACGAGCUGCUCGAGAAUCUCACAUAUUCGGAAAUACGUGACGUCUACUCGCAAAUUGAGAAUCCCUCGUGUACGCUGCUGGAUGAUAUUGUGAAUGGUACGGCGGUGGCGUCGGAUUUUGGCGAAUGCGAAGAUUGGAUAUUCAAAUAUGAAAAUGGCUAUGAGAGUGUUACCACUGAUCUGAAAUGGGUCUGCGAUGAUGCGGUCAAGGGCGCAAUUGGACAAUCCUUCUUAUAUCUCGGGUCAGUUUUGGGCACCAUAUUGUUUGGUUUUCUCGCAGAUAAGAUCGGACGUCUGCCUACGAUGAUGUUGACCACAAUCACAGGUGCUGCUGGUGAUUUUAUCACCUCUUUUGUGACAACACCGCAUGCCUUUGCGGCUAGUCGUUUCAUUUCGGGCUUGAGCAUCGACACUUUGUUCUAUAUGAGUUACAUAAUGGUUUUCGAAUAUUUGGAUCCAAAGAAGCGCACCUUCGGUCUCAACAUAAUUAUGGCGUUUUUCUAUUUCUUCGGGCUGGUUAUGUCACCAUGGUAUGCCAUAUGGGUGGGCAGUUGGCGUAGAUAUUUACUGAUUGCUUCACUGCCAGCACUGUUGGUGCUCAUCUACCCACUUUUCAUAGUAGAGAGUGCGCAGUGGUUGGCCACUAAAGGUGAUUACAAGGGCGCCGUGCGUUGUCUCAGACGUGUGGCCAAGUUCAAUAAGCGCGAAGUCGAGGAAGAGCACUUCGACCAGUUCAUAUCGCAUUAUGAGGAAAAGAUGGCGGGCGAGCAAAAAGAGAAUGAAGAGAAAGACACAUUCAUGGGACUCUUUAGAACACCGCGUUUGCGCAAAUUCACAAUUGUGCUGUUUGUUAAGUCCAUGAUCACCACGAUCUCCUACGACAUUAUCAGUCGCAAUAUGGAGGGUUUCGGCUCUUCACCAUUCCUGCUUUUCUCACUCACGUCGAUCGUUUACAUACCGGCUGGCUUCACGAUUAUCCUCCUCCAGAACCGCAUUGGUCGCAAGGGCCUGGCAUGUGGCGCGCUCUUUGUAGGUGCCAUACUCACCGCCAUUACGGGUGUGCUGCUGGCUGUGCUGGACCUAAAGGAAAAUGCGGUCUUUUUGGCCUGCAUGGUCGGUUUGGGCCGUUAUAUUGCAAUCGUUUCGUACGAAGCCGAGGCGCAAUAUGCCGCCGAAAUUGUGCCGACAAGUGUACGCGGGCGCGGCAUGGCGAACAUACACGUUGUGGGCUACGCCUUCAGCUUCCUCAGCGCUUAUGUGAUCUACUUGGGCAACAUCUUCAAACCGCUGCCCUCGAUUGUCUUGGCAGUGCUGAUGUUGCUCGGCGCAGGGCUGUGUCUGUUGCUGCCGGAGACGUUGAAUCAAAAACUUCCCGAAACGCUGCUGGACGGCGAACAUUUUUGCAGCGAUGAGAAAUGGUAUUAUUUCCCUUGCAUCAGUCGAAAGAAGAAGAACGAAGUGGAGGUGACGAAACUGUGAGGUCGCGGCGGAGGCGAAGUCAUAACUUUAAGUUAGUAUAAGUUUAGGAAAUUGCACGGAAAUUCAAUGUAUUUUUCAUUGGUUUUUGUGUGU